AUGAGCGAGAAUCACAACAACAGGGAAGCUCUCCACAUCGGGGUGGUCCUGUAUCCUGGCUUCCAGGCUCUAGACGCCUUCGGCCCCCUUGAUUGCAUCAACGUCCUCUCUUGGACCGAGAACAUUUCUCUAAGCCUCCUCUCCACGACCCUGGACCCCGUAUCAACGAAACCACCCACAUCGCCAGGCGCCACUGGCCAGUCCAUCUUGCCAACCCACACAUUUGCAACAGCUCCGCCGCUGGACGUCCUGCUCAUCCCGGGUGGUCGAGGCUCACGCGGCUCCAGCCCGCCGGUGCAAGAAGCUAUCGCUUUCAUCACGAAUACUUAUCCAAGCUUGAAGUAUUUGAUCACCGUAUGCACUGGCUCGGGGCUUGCGGCACGCGCCAGGGUGUUGGAUCGCAGACGCGCUACUACGAAUAAGUCCUCGUGGCAGGAAAUCACGGCUAUGGGGCCAGAUGUGGAUUGGAUUCCUCGAGCGCGCUGGGUGACUGAUGGAAACAUCUGGACAUCUUCGGGUGUGAGUGCAGGAAUUGAUGUGACGCUUGCAUGGAUAGAGGAGGUUUUUGGGAAGCAGAAGGCGCGGAAUAUCGCUGAGGAGAUUGAGUAUAGCCGACAUGAAGAUCCGAAUUUGGAUCCUUUUGCUGAGCUUUAUGGCCUGUAA